AUCCCAUCUUCAAUCUUUUCAACAAGUUCUUGAUAUUAUAUUUCAGGAGCAAGCUGGCCCUCAGAACCUAAUCCUCCCGAUCAGCUCAUCAUCAUCUUACUUCUCCUUCUCACUUCUUCGGCUCUCCUCCAGCUCUUUCACUCCAGCAACUGUUCAUUCAUUGUCCUUCAAGAUUUUCUUUUCUACUUAUUCUGAUCUUCUUCUGCGCCAAUUCCAACCGAGCAUGACUACCCGACCAACCAAGACGAUCCCCAUGGGCGCAACCAGCAACCCCACCCCAACAACCGCAAGCCCAAGCCAACCAACACCAACGAAACGGAAGCGAGCCCAAUUAGAUUUCACUACUACUACUACUGCCAACCCGGCUCCGACGAGCUGGCUGGGAAUAGCCUUCCAGUUGCCCUCAGUCAUCAAGAAGGAAAUCAACGACUUUGUUAAGGCUGUCAGGGGUGGAAACACUCACACUCAUCUCAAUAAUAAUAACAGCCUUCCCCCGGCUAAUAAUAGUAGUACUCAAUCCAAUCCCAAGACCGAAUCCACUCGCACCAGGCGCUACCUCAAACGCCAGAGUAGAUCAGUACCCAAUCGCCAUCAUCAACGCCCUUCCCCUCGCCGGAUCGGCAAAACACCCGAGGAAGAGCAGCAGGAAGACCGGCCACCCCGGCUCCCGUCGCCUCACUUCUCCGAUCUCGACCUGCCGUCACCGAGCAAGAAACUCAGACGAGCGGAGAAUCACUCCACCAUGACCCUCAACGAAGAUUCUGGCAACCAGGCUCGAAACGAUCAGAUCACUCAUCUCCAGCAGCAACAGCGCCAACAGCUAAUGAGUCUCGCUCAACCAAUCCCCACCACUCCUCAGACUGAGCCACCCUUGCCCCCAAAGCCAUCCCCUCAUAUUUCUUCACGCGAACGUGCUCUUUCAAGCAAUGCGGACGAUCCGUCAAAAACUCAAGAUCAACCGACACAUGUCCAACAAUCUCAUGAGCAAUACAAUCAGGAUGAUGCUGACGUCGAGGAGAUUCUUUCUCAUCGCGUUCAGCAGGGUCCCACUCCCAUAUUUAUGCCAUCAUCUGGCCUCCUAACCGGAUCCAACUCUGUUCUCUUUCCUCACUCUCAAGCUACGCGAGGUCAGGACAGCCCUGGGUCGUCGGUCAACGCUGACAUAUCCUCCUCGACGUGGCAGGCUUCCUCGUCAAUUUCUACUAACAGUGGCUCAAACAUGAACCGGGCCUUUUCCAACCAUACUUCGCUAACCUCCAACACCUCUGUCGACUUGAACGCACUCGAAGAUCUCAAAAACAACAAUAGCAUUCACGCCUCACGUCUCAACAGCGGGUCUAGCAUGCCUUCCCCUAGGAUCCGGCACACCAAGAUACUUGGUUCUCCGCGCAGUUCAUCCCGGAUGAAUACCCUUAGUGCUUCCAGUUUUUCUUCACUGGGAAGCAUCAUUAACACCGGCCUCUCAACCCAUCAGAACUUGGCUUAUCCACUCGGAGGGGGCACCAUCAAAGGAGACACCAACCCGACCUUGCACCCAUCCACCUCAGAUAACGAACGUGAAUUUUUGACAAGCGAUUCUGACAUCAACAAUGACGAGCCUGCCGCCAUCCAAAUCGGUCGUCGGAUAAUUUCUCAGCGUCCCGCCCCGGCUUCUCGUCGUAAGGUUCCGCUGGCUGAGAUAAUUGGCAGACCACUUGAUCCCUCACCCUCGAUCUCCUCUUUGCAAUCGCACCUCGAAGGCUUUCGCGAGUCAAAUGACCUGAACGCAUCGCCUUCUAUUGGCAGCAUUGCAAGCUUAUUUGCAGGAUGUCCUAUUCCUCCCAAGAACCAGGCUCGGCUCACUAUCCCGCCAUCUUUCUUGAAAGAAGCCAACAAGCCACAAGCUUGUCCAGCUGAAAACGACAUCGCUGAAGAAUCGAGCUUUUCUGUCACCAACACGUCCUCAUCGUUAAAUACACUGCGCAGCCAGUUGAGCAACACAAUGCACGCUUGCAACAGUCCGCCCUCUGAAUCAGCUCCAAUCGAUAUGACUAAAUCUCUCCCAAGCCCUCGUGAAAUUCGCCACCAGGAAAUGAUUGCGGAAGUCGAUGAAGAUGUUGAUGACUCGUAUGAGUUUUUGGAACGAGAAGAAGCACAAGGGCUCGAGUUCGAAACGCCCAAUCGCAAACGCAAAAGGCUCCUGCAUCGCAGCGACUUGAUCCAUUUUCGCAGGCCAGGUCUCGCGGCCAUCGACUUGACUACAAGCAAGCUAGUCGAUUUACACCCCAACCAAUCACAACCAAAGCCCAAGACUAAGGUAAUGCAGAAGCUCGGCUUGUCUCGAGGCCACCAUAAGCGACACACAGCAGACCACUCUCAAAGCACCACAGAUGCAGACGAACCUGAAGAAUCGCCUACUAAGAAGAUCCGAGUUCUACAAAGUGAAAUCACUCGACUCAGACAGGAGCUUGAAAAUGAGAAAACCAGAUCUGCUCAAAGAAACUCGAUGUACAUGUCAAUUGAUCGAGCCAGUAGACGUGCCAGCCAGUCUAGUGACAGUCACCAUGUGACCUUUUCCCCGCGUUCCCCAUUGUUUGUCUCCUCACCGGUGUCUUCAUCUCGCGUUUCAACCCAACGCUGUCAGUUACUGAGCCCAUCCCGAGACCCAACCAACAGCAAACGUAACAGUGGAAUGACAGAUUCGCCAGUGGUGGUCAAGAAACCCUGCGAUGGUGCCACCGUUGGAGGGUCUCCCUUCAUUGUUUCUCGCGUGUUUGGCCAAGGCCCUGACGUUGUGGGCGAGUCUACUCCAGCUCAAGCCGAGAAGUGGCUUCAAAAGAAGAAGUCUGCUUCUGGAACACAGGGCAGUACACGACUUCCUGGACUAGCGCACGACUUGUUUGGAGCCAAGUCCUCUAAAGCUGGACACAGUUCAUCUGGAACUGGUGCCAGGCGUCCAACAAGCGCCAACUCCAACGCCAGUGGUUGGAAUCGUGACCGGGAACUGGAGGCCGAUUUAUUCAGUUCACCCAGAGCGAAAACUUUGAAAAAGGUGAACCGAAACUCAAAGACCGGGCCUGUGGUGACACAAUCCCGUUCGAACAUUCGCGCCAUGUUUAGGAACUCAAUCAGCGAUUUACAUCGACACGCCGCAUCAACCAGCAGCAGUAGACCCUCUACAGCUUCUGAUCAGCCCCCGGAUAUGGCUACAUUCUUGAAUGAAUUGAAGUCGUCUGGUCGAAGUAAACUUCGUAAGACUCCAGGAAGUGCUAAGUAUUACAACAUGCAACGCUCGAUUGGCAGUCCAAAAGCUAAUCCUCGCAAGUAUCAGGACCCACUGAUGAGAAGAAGUGUAGAUUGUCAUAAUGCAAGCAUCUUAAGUUCAGUGCUCCAUAGCUACCCUCCCAAUUCACAGCCUCAUCCAAAACACUUGGAUAACUCUAGUUCUUCACGGACAUCCACCUUAUCUGGCCGAACGGAAGGUACUGCUUCCAGUGCCAACACACACGACGCCGAUCGUCCAACCUCACCAACUGUCUCGAAGCAUCGCCCACACACAUCACACCAAUGUAAAUCUCCACUGGCACGCAAGGUCUACCCUAGCGGUAACCCAACGAAGUCAAAUGAACCCGAGAACAGUGAUGUUCAUGUUGUCUUGGGGGAGGCGAUCAGUACCCCCAAACGAAGCAAACCGACAGGUCAUUUGUCUCGCAGUUUGGUGGACCCACAUAUGACUCCUCGAGCCAGGGGCUUCACCAAUGUAGCCAAACCGACUUCCCCGAUCCAAAGAGACUUUACCAUGGAUGAGCUAAUCCAGCAGGUCAAGGAGCUCAAUGAUCAUCAAACCAUCGCAGAUGAAGAAGCCGGAGGUCCACCCGUCCCACGAGCUGACCACAGGCUCCGCAACCAUGACUUGGUGCAUCAGAUGGGUUUCUGCUCGAGUAACGAGAAUAGUCUGGAAAUCGGUAACCUCUCACAGGCAUCCAUGAGUGGUGGGUCCAACCUCACUGCUGCAUUAGUGAGCCCAGUUACGAACCGCCGGACUGUCUGCCAGGAAAGCACUCGGCAACGAAGUAGUCCAAUGUUGAAGAGCCUUACAGAAGGCCGGCCCAAGCCGAAGACAUCGCCUGUCAAAGGCUCAGGCUCACUUACAAAUGGGAACAGCAACCGCUGGUCAACCCAAAGCACCAUCAGGUUAGUGUCUAUACUUAACCACUCGAUCGAUGAUGGGGAUACUUUUUAUGAGAACGGCGGCGGAAACCUUAACGGAACUCUGCGGGCAAGACCGACUGAACGAAGGGUAAGAAUAUUAGAGGACCACACCAAUCUCAAUCAGUCACGAUCAUCGACUGGGUCUGGCAGCCGUCGUCACAGCAUGCCGGUGAACCUAGUCAAGUCCAAACACUUGUCCAGUACCGCCGAAGACGAGAACGAGCAACCGGUAGAUACCCACGACGGUCAAGACGUCCAAUCUCCACCAACCAAAGCCGCUCAGCCUUGGGUCGUCUUGAAGCCCGAAUCGGAUCGUCAGACUGGCGCUGAGCCUAACCUUAGACGAUGGAGCUUGAGAACAUCGGCUAUCAUUAGCGCGCACCCUAAACUGGAGUAAAAAAUCGUUGUCGUCUUGUCUUCCAUUUCAAUAUAUUCGAAAACAUCUUUUCUCAUCUUUCCUCUUUUUUCUGACUCCUGUCGUUGUUUCUCCGAUUUCUUUCAUCUUUCCUCUCUGAGAUUCUUUCCUCCAUCAAACAGAAAAACAAUAAUACUAAUAUACUUGAGAAGUCUUACUUGCACAUACAUCAGUCACCACACUUUUCUCAAUCUCCUUGUCGACUACUUCUUUUAAUACUUUGUUCUUUUCCUCUUAUCCCCCAAAACUUGGGGUUUUUGUUUUUGUCAUUCAUUCAUUCGUUCAAUUUGUUUUAUUAACUUAGUGUUCUUUACCCCACAACACAACACAACGAAUACAUACAAGUGCAAAAUAAUCACAUCACCGUAUAACCUACUUGAUUGUUUCCUCUUUCUUUUCUUUUUUUUUUUUUUUUUUGCGUCUCUCUUGUCUUCACACCACAUUUGCGCUUAUUCAUUUCAUCAGUUACAAUUGGCUUGUAUUGGUCCCCACCCCCCUCCUCCUGUCUGUCUGUCUGUCAAUUAGAUGCAAGCAAUAUAUCAGUAAUCGUAUGUCGUUAUCAUCGGCUCAUCUUGUCCUUUUGAAGUCUCUUCUAAUUUGAUCCUUGUCCAUUGCUCGAUCGUUCCGAUUUUCCAUAGCGAUUCGCG